UUGUUUUAGAAAUUUUUUUUUGUUUAAUUUUCAUUUUUUUUUUGAAAUUUUUUUUUUUAGAAAAUUUUUUUUUGACGUCUAAGUGAUGUUACAGACUACGGCUGAGGCCAGCCCUGGUGAAAGGACAGGACGGGAGGGAUUCUUCUUCAUCCGGUUGAUCUUUAAUAAUAAGAUCAUUCUUCUCAAUCCACAGCCUAAUACCAUAUCAUAUGUCUGUGUUACAUAUGUUUUCUGUAUUGGAGUAGACACUGGUCUGCGUUUUGGUGACGCCCCGCCUCCUUCUAGAACCGACGUCAUGCUUGUAGUAUCAUUAAUGGCACCUAGAAAAAAAAAACACCUAAAAAAAACCCCGUUUUUCUUAAAAGUUUCUUUUCAAGUGUUUCAGAUGUAAUUGCUGCUCCCCUCUCCUCCACAGGGGGCAAUAGACCUGAUGACUGAUCAUGGUCCUUGAGUUCCUGAGUCACGUGUGGCUCUGUAGUUCAUUUACAUUCGCUCCAUGUAUAAUGAUAUUAAUAUUUGUGAAUGGACCACAUACAGUAUAAUCUGACCCGCCUACCCCCUCCCCCUCCCCGCAAUAAAACAUGCAUGACUAAUGCAUCCAAUCAGCCUUUAUACUCAGUAGAAAACAGCGAAUCCUGUGUGAGCUGCGGUCACUGACUUUACUGUGACUGUCAGAUGUUUUCAAAGAAACACUUUCUUGUUGCAACACAAAAACAAAAGGUUUCAUUUUUGAAAUUCUAACUUAAUUCUGUUUUAAAACUUUAAACGCUGCAUUAUUGACGUUAAUCAAACCUUUGCCAUGUUUUAUUUAGCGUUAAAAUGAUUAAAACCAUGAUGUGGUUGUCAAAGAUUGUAAAUUAAUGUGUGUAGUAUAUUACUAUGCAUUUAAGUUGAAAUAUACAAGUGUAACAACACCCGCAGUCUCUCGCUCUCCCUCCCUCUCUCUCUCUCUCUCUCUCUCAUGGAUGAGGACUGUUGCUGCUGCUGCUGCUGAGUCUGGAUCACGUGCCCCUCCUCACUCAGAGCUUGGUUUUCUGCGGCUCCGCAGCACCAGCAGCAGCAGUAGCGGGAGCAGCAACGUUGAGGCUCGGAUGUGAGAUGCAGCUCAGAGGAUCCCGCUGCUAGAGACAAAAAAGUUAUGGCUCAGUCAUCGUCAGAGGAACAGCUCCUGCAGCAGUGUCUCUGUGCCAUAAAGUGCAUGAGUGGUGACGCCUACUCUUCACUGAGAAGCACCUCUCCCGAGGGAGGAAACCCGAAAUUACGCAUCACUUUAUCCCAAUAAAAACUGGAGCUGUGACGCGUCAAAUACUCCAGAAGACCUCAGGUAUUGAUGCUGUGUUAUUUUAUCUUUUUUUAAAUAUUUAAGUAAACAAUAUUUGAUUCUCCUGGCUAAUAGGUGACACGUUAAAGUAACAGCUAUGAAAACGCACCACACAAGUUUUUUUGUUUUGUUUUUGGUGUAAAAACUUCCCACAUGCACGGCGGUCUCACUGCAGGUCUGUGGCUCUCUCUCGUCAGAUGGCAGCCAGAUGACAUCUUGAAACUCAGCCUGUUUAAGUGUCAGUGCUGUGCCCGAGCUGAAGGAGCCUUUUCUCGCCUUGUUGAGCUGAGUGAGGGGCACAAUGCAACAGGGCCGUGAAGUGGAGAUAACAUCUGGCUCACAGCCACACACAGUAAGACCUCCUUGUUCUUUCCUUUCACUAAUGCGCUUUUGUGGAUGCCUCCGUGGACUAUAAGCCAAAAGCUUUCGGGAAAACACUCAGGAACGUUUUUUAAAGCCCGUGUAUUCACAAACCAUCGGUGGGUGUCUGGCUCUUCGUCGAUAUGUGGCUUCUCUAGUCUAAAUGAGAGGAAGUUCAUGAGCAAAUGGUUGAAGAGAAUAGAAAUUUAAAUAAUAGCUUUAAAUACUAGAAAAUUCACUUCUGGCUUAUUGAUUUAUAUAUUUAAUCUGUAUUUUUCUUGAAAAUGUCAAUUAAGUUUCUUAAAAAAACAGGUUCUGAUUUCAAAGUAUUUAUUUGUUCUGGUUCCUCUGCUCUUUUAUGACAGUAUGAAUAAAAAGUAGUUCUGGAUGAAAACAAAACAGGGCUGGGGCACUCAAAACUGAAAACUUAUACCGCAAAUAAUCUCCGGUGUAUGGAAAAAAAACACUGCUUUUGUACAACACUGUUGUAGGUAGUUGUUCAUACUUGCAUUUCCUGCAACUUUAUGUUUUCAUGACUCCAGCGCUCUCUUCAAUUUCUGGGUUAUCGAUUUACUCAAAUUGAUUUAUUAGCCAAAUUUCUAUAUUUAAAAAUCACUUUUGACAGUGUUUUCAUUUGAUUGACAUUUCCCAGCUUUUCUGGGCUGAAUGAUGAUCUGUUGACAGAGAAUAGCUCAUUAAAAUAAUCAAUACUGCAUCCAUUCAUAAUAUACAUACAUAUACAAACAUAAAUGUUUCAACAUGCAGAGUAUCUCGUAUCUCGAGGUUCCACCGUAGAAACAAAUGGAACAAGUGGAACCUCGAGAUACUGUGCAUACGAGCAUAAUUGGUUCCAUGACCGAGCUUGUAACUCGAUGGGCUCGUAUCUAGAAUCGUGUUUUCCCAUAAGAACUAAGUCGGCGUCUGUAAGCGUGCUCGUAUCUCGAGGCAAAACAUUUGCUCGACGGCUUGCUAGUAUGUCAAGGUGCUCGUAUUUCGAGGUUCCACUGCACAGGCUUCAGUUCACCACUGCAGCCCUACGAACAAUGUGUAUAACUCUCUCCAUGUUGCUCUGUGAGUACUGAGUGGUACUUCAAUUACACUGAUGUCAGCAGAACUGAUAAAGUGUGUAUUUUCAUGCUCGCUCUCGUCGGACUUUUUCACAAAGCGAAAACCUAUUUUUGCCAUUUCAAGCAAAAUAUCAAUGUUGCAAGUGAGACUCUCAGACAGUCAUCCGACCCCGGUGUGUGUUUUUCAGGAGGCAUUAAUUGUCCUUGUUGCCGCUCCUCCGAGCUCAAGUGGAGGUUUUUUUAAAGUAACGGUGCUGUGUCAGACUUUUCUGUUUGACUUUGUCUGUCCUUUAAAAUGUCUUCCUAAACUGUAGCUGUCAACCAGAGUAUGUAGUGAUCUGUCAGAGAGUGUGCUCCUGGACAGGCGUGACUUUGUUACAACAGGAAGACCUCUUUGUCUUCUUUACACUGUCAAAAACUGUUUGUUAACAAUAGCAGGCUGUGUCGGAGCAGGACAAACAUGUUGACACUGCAAACCUGUAAAUCACUGAAGGCGUUUCUCCUAAAGCUGCAAUGACCAGUGGGGGGCGUGGGUGGGGGUGUUACCCUUGCAGCCAUCCCUCAAACUGAUUGAAGACUGAGUUUCUACACUAGUCCAGUGUUGAUGGAUAAUUGUGAGCUGGUUUUACUUUGACUGGCAGCCACAUGUUUAGAGCGGCUGUUACAACUUGUAUCCACUUAAUCGUGUAAGAGCUUUUCUUUUUUUUCUCCGUGACCCACAUUCAAACAAAGCAAAGAAGUGAAAAGCUCUCCAAACUUACAUUCCUGCCACACAAGAUAUAAACAUGAACUGAAUUUCUCCCAAAAUUGCCUACCUGUGCUAGUAAAAUAUGAUCAACCUGCACAUUUAAAUGACAAUUCAUCAUUUUAUAAUGCUUACUAUUGUAGCGGUAAUAAUAGCGGACAAAUUAAGGUCUCAACAAUUGUCUUAAUUACUAUAAAAUACUAUAUAUAUAUUCAUAUAUGUAUGUAUACAUGUACAAUUUUUACUGUCAGUAAGUGAAAAUAUCAUGUAUUACUGUAUAUGUUUUUGAAUAAACUGAUCAAGUUUCUUUACUUAAAGUUCUCUAAAUAUCGUUACAAGUACAAAGCAACAGGAAGGAGACAAAACUGUGUGUGUAACGGGUGUUGUUUCAACAGGCAGACAAAUACCUGUUGUACCCGAUUUACCACUUAGCCUCUUUGGUUUUAGCCUCUAACAGUCUACUGUUAUCCGACCUGCAUAAAGCAGUACUGAUGAUAGUCAUAGUAUUGUAGUAUUUGCUCUUCUUACCUUCCUAAAGCUACUGUUCAAACCAAGUUAGGUUUAGUAAUCCAUUUAACAAAAGCACAAUAACAACGUUAACAUGCAAGUUGGUGUCUUCUAAGUAAUCAGUUCAUGUUGCAUAACAUAAGCAACAAUAUACUGAGCAUUUAACAAAGUGCAGACUCUGAUCUAAAAAUCUGCUCCCAUUGGUUUGUAUUUUAGGCUGCAUUCACACAGAAAUAAGGCAGCGUGGACAACUGGUACUGCAUGGGGCCAAAUGUUCUUCCUUUUUUCCUGCUGUAUUCUGCAACUGUGCUGUGUGGUGAAAACCUAACACCUCUUUUGAACUCCUUGGUGACCUGUGUCACUGUCAGGCAUCUUUUAGUCUUUUAGUACUUGUCAGUCUCGCUCAUGUAACUCGAGAAGACGUGUUUAGUACAGUAUAAAGUACUAUUUCUACCUCCAACAACAGGACCGGUAUUCUCUAAAGUCUGGGAAUACACCAUGACAUCAGGUUUAUAGAACAAAGAAAAACAGAAAAAAAGAAUCAAUCAAAAAUUGUUCUGGGAUUUUUCAGUAAGUGUUAAAAAAUAUUCAUGAGAAUUUUUGAAAAAUGCAUUUUUCUUUUUUGCACGUUUCUCACCAACUUAGAUCAUUUUGAGAAUUUUUUUUAGGAACUAGUAAAAAAAUAUUUUAAAAAAAGUAAAUAUUGGACUAAUCCAAAGCAAAUCUACUAAUACACUUGGAUUCUACUGUACUGCUUCACUCACAGGAAGACUCUACUGGCUUAUUGCUCUUUUCAUUUCAGUAAUUCCUGGUGUCUAACUGUUAAUUUCUUCAUGCAGGUUCAAAUCUAAUACUGGUGCAGCCACAGUUCCAAGUGUCCUUCAUCCAAGCUGAGGAUGACCAUCUGAGAUUAGGACAUCUGACCUUGUUCACCUCCACAGCCUGUAGUACACUGACCAAGCUAGCCACACAGGUAACCCAAGAUACAUCAGCAUGUAAUGUGAGCUACAUGAAAUCUAAGGAUAAGUCAAUGUGUUUUGCCUCCUUCAUCUUGUAAAGAAGCAGGAACUCCGUGAGCAGUGACAGAACCAAGGUCAUGAAGUAACUUCAUGUUAGAUACUGCAGUAGAUUUACCCAAGUCUUUUGUUGAAAUAAGUACAAUACUAGGCGGUCUGGUGUAUGCUGGAUACUGUAUACAUGACAUUUCUGUACAUAUGGACCUUGAAUAUGGUUUUAAAAAUAAAAUAAAAUAAAAUAAUGAAUUCAAUUUUUAAGACUAGAAGAAGAGAUACAUCCACUGACUGAUUAACAAGGCAAACAGUUACACACUAGCUAAAGAGCUGUACUGACACCUUCUGUGUGAAGACCGUUAACCAACAGCUGUGACUAUGAAUGAUUUGAAAGAAAAAAAAAAACUCAAACCUUAAACACACAAUGUCAAUUUCCUUAUUUUACAUUAACUGUUUUUUUCUUAUAAUUAUCUCCCAUGUUCAGCAAGUGUCUGAAGAAAUAGCUUCAUCUACAACAUUACGCCUGAUAAUAUAAGACUAAAAUAUUAAUAUUGGUACAGAUAUUAUAGACUAUAGAUUGACUCCUCGCUUUAAUUUUUUUUACAUAUCAGAUUGUAGGGCAAACUAAAUAUUACUUCAACUGGAAAUUAGUCAUUAUUUAUUUGAUACUAGUUUCAGGUCAUUGUGUCAAGACUGAGUGUGACACACGCAACCACCAAGGUGAAUACACCUCUGUCAUGGUAUGGUUCACCAGGAGCCAGGGAAUGUUUUAUAUAGAGGGAUAAUUCACUUUACUGUAAGAAUUCACUUGUAAAUUGGCUCAAUGAUUAAAAGAGAAUUCUUACUUGUCACUGUGUAACAGUUCAGAAUUGUAGCCCAGGGGGAAAUAGCAGUUCAUUGACAAAAGGACCUAUAAAAUUCUUUAUUAGUUUACUUAGUCUGCCUCUUUACCUCUUCGAGUUCCAACCCAGUUAACAGCCAACUACAGAAACCAGUUUCCCAGAAGCCAAAUAUCAAAGUUUGGUGGAACUGUUUAACUCCUGAUGAUAUGAACUGUAGGUCAGACAGAGUUUAAUCAUCUCCAUGUUGUCAUUAAAAAAACCUGUUCAGGUAAAAGUGUGUCAGGUGUUAAUUUUUACUAUGACAUGUUGAUCAACAAUCCCCGCCUGUGCAGCCUUCAAAACUUCAACACAUUUACAAACAUGCAUGUAAGCUCCAUCUGAGGACCACAGCACAUGGGGGAAAUAUUUCCCUUGCAGUACACUGGCCCAAUUCAUUCCCAUUUUAAUCCGCUCACCGCUCCCUGCCUCCUUUGGUCUUGGCUUCUUAAACUUGUCUAAGUCACACUUAGUGAGAAAGGAAGGCCACGAAAGAGGGGGUAUUUUAACUGCUGGUCGGUUGGACUUUUCGUCUGUUCUUCAGUACAGUACCUAGUGAAUCACAUCAGUGUACCAACCCAUUAUAACAAAGUGAAGUAUUUCAGGGGGAGUUCAAUAACGUGGUUGUACAAGUUUAGAAGGAAAAUGAAUGUCAUUGGAAAGGCCCAAAUUAUCAAUGAUCUGUGAUGAGUUUGACCUCUGACCCAAGAGGCUUCUUCAGUUCUGACUGACUACUGGGAAAUUCUGGUAUUUAACCUCAAAGGGGCUGCAUACCCGUAAUGAGGGUCGUUGUAAAAAGGGGGGCUGCAGGUGUGGUGAAACACCCUAUUCUAAGGAGAGCGGAAUGUAAAGUCAGAGUGACAUUUUUGUCUGUGUCUUCCUCAGAAUGAAACUGUCAGUCAGUCAGAACUGAAGAAGCCUUCACGUCUUUAAGAAACCUACUCUGUCCAGUUCCCUCGAUGUAACUAUUUUUUUAACACAACAUGACGUUUUGCCUUUCAAACACUAACCUAUGGUCAGACUGACAUAGAUGAUGAUCAAACACAGACACACUCAGUUGGUGCAGUGUAGUUUUCUGCAGCCCAGCUUUACGUCCUCAUCAUCUGCUGUGACAGCAUUGUAGAAAAUAAGAGAAUUGACUGACAUGGUACCGCUUUUUAAUCAAAACAAAAAUGCUUCAAUAUAUAGUUAAACAUGAUUCGACUGCACAUUGUAUUCACAUCUUCCACUUUUGUGUAUAUUUAUGAUUUUUGGUCAUUCAUUGAUGUGCUAUUUAAUUGCUAAUCCAUUGAAUAAUGGUGAAUUGUUUACCCUUUUCCAUCAUAGGAAAACUGACAGUCAUGAAACUGUUCAGGAAGGAUGCCACGGACACGAAAAAGGAGAAGCACAUCAAGUAUGAGGACCCUCCUGAUGGAGGCUGGGGCUGGAUGGUGGUGCUGCACUGCUUCUUGGUUAACGUCCUGGUGAUGGGUACUCUGAAAACUUUUGGGAUCUUCUUUGUGGCCUUCCAAGAUGAGUUUGGGGGGUCGGCAGAGAGCAUCAGCUGGAUCGGAUCCAUCAUGUCCAGUAUGCGGCUGUCUGGAGCACCCAUAGCCUCAGUGGCCUGCGCUAAGUUUGGAGCCAGGAUAACCUCCAUCACUGGAGCAGUGCUGGUCAGUGGAGGAUUUCUCUUGAGCAUUUAUGCAACCUGUGUGGAGUUCCUCUACGUCAGCAUGGGAGCCAUAGCUGGAAUGGGUUUUGCGCUACUGUAUCAGUCCUUCUCUGUGGUCAUGGCUCAGUACUUUCGAAAGAGGUUAGCCACAGCAUAUUCGAUUGCACGUUCUGGAAUGGGCUUGACCUUUGCCCUUGCUCCAUUCACUCAGUUGCUCCUGGAUUGGUAUGCUUGGCAAGGAGCCAUGUUGAUAUUCGGUGGCAUGAUGCUGAACCUGGUGGCCUCCGGGAUGCUCCUGCGACCCAUCAAUGUGAAACCUCCUGCGCUAAACUCUACCUCUUCUCCCAUCCAAAAGAGUCCUACUGUUUCCCUCAAGAGCUCCUCUGAGAAAGAACUCACUAAGAGCUGCUUAAAUGGCUCCUCUCACCUAACCAAUGGCAUCGCCAGGUCAGACUCCUUCCCAUCCCCCCCUCCUCCUCACAGAAACACUGAGAACCUGGAGGGCCAGUGUACUCAGGGACCCCAAGACCAGGCAGUGAAGCCUGAACUGACCAGACUGGUCCACGGUGGUGCGAAUGGUCACGAGCCCCACCAUGACACGAGUCAGUGUAAACCCACAGCUCCAGAGAGCUUAGCCGAGCUCAGCAGCAGCAUGAACGGAUUCUCUUCACCUGCCAGUUUACCCACAGAAGUCAACAAACCCAAAGUGUUGGAUUUCUCCCUGCUUAAGAACCCAUUCUUUUGCAUAUACACUUGGUCAGUUGUGUUCAGCCAGCUGGCCUACUUCAUCCCCUACUUCCACCUGUCGGCCCGGGCCAGGACCCUGGGCAUCGAAGCCAUGGAUGCUUCAUUUAUCAUCUCUGUGGCAGGUAUAACGGAGACCAUUUCGCAGUUAGCCUCAGGCUGGGUCACUGACAGGAAUCUGUUCCAUAAAUACCACUACCACAAAGCCUAUCUGAUUCUCUGUGGCCUGGUCAACCUUCUCUCCCCUCUGGCAGAUUCCUACAUCCUGCUCAUGGUCUACGCCGUCUUCUUUGCCGUCUUCUGUGGCGGCUACAUGGCUCUGCUGCUGCCUGUUCUAGUUGAUCUCGUGGGAGCAGAGAAAGUCAACAACUCUAUGGGCUUCUCCAUGUUCUUUGUUGGCCUGGGCUGCCUUACAGGGCCCCCUUUAGCAGGUUUCCUCUAUGACUACACCCAGACCUACGACUGUUCCUUCUACCUGGCUGGACUGUGUUAUCUCCUCUCCUCUCUCUCCCUGUUCAUGGAGCCACUGGCUCAGCGUUGGAAAAGCAAGAGGGAACUCAGUCAAACCAAGCGGGCGGAGGGAAGCUGCAAGACCAAUGGCUGCUUCAGCCCUGACCGUGCAGAGAACGGUGCGGUUUAGGAACUUUUGGUGUUGAAUGAGCGUGGUCACGACCGGACCAUGGGCCGACGCACAUUGGACCAGCUUAAAGUUGGAACUGUAGUGACUUAAUCUCUUUAAGCUCGUUAUAUUGACUGGAGAAAAGACGAAGAAUGUGACCACCGUAGCAUAAUGUAUAAACAUACAGUAGUCAGGGAAAUAGUGAAAUGUUAAGUUGGACUUUUGAAGAAGCCAAAAUUGUAUCUUGUCUUCCUUUUGUAAAAGUAUAUACAUGGUAAUAGUGAGGGCCCAUAAAGACAAAUAAAACAAUGAGUUGCCAACACAAAGGGUUGGCGUUUUCAAGGUCAAAAAGUGGUAUUAAUGGGUGAAAAAGUUGGUCCAUCAUACACUGAGUUGCCCUGACGUCCCAGUCAUUUGUCAACACAGACUAACACAGACUUCAGGAACCUGCUCUUUCACAUGCUUAAAUUAUCAUUACAAGUGUAAUUCAACAUCAUUUAAGAGCUGUGUUAUGUUUUUAAGAAAGCAAAUAGUUAGACCCCCAGGUGGGUUUGGAACAUAUUGACCUACUGGCGACUUAGUGAAUCUUACUAACACAUUUUGUUUUUUGUUUGUUUGUUUUUUUUUUUUAAAGAAGGGCCUGUUUUUUUAAGGUAAUACAAGAUCUGUUUUUUGUUUUUUUAGUGCUGCUCUGACACGAGUUAUGGUGACUCCUGAUUUUGAAACUCAAAAACUAAAUUUACCAACAUCUUUUCAGACACCAGACACUUAGAUAGACACCAUAUAUCAUCUGAAUACAAUUUUCCGUUUUUUUUGGUGACACACCCAAAAUAACACAACACCUCAAAGAAAAGCAGUCUCCUUUGGGCCUAAUAAUAAUAAAGUACGGUAAAUAAAAAAAUGAAUCGCUGCCCAUCACGCUUCAGAGAAAACUGAACAAAUAAGCCGUCAAAAAUAAUUCCUGGAGUUAAAUUAGUCAUUUUAGGAACAUGCCAUGUUUAUAGUAAGAGUGAACUACUGUGUUUGUUUAUAUACAUGCACACAUUAUGGUCUUAAUACACAAAUUUUCAAGGUUGUUCAGAACACUGGAUCACAUGUUCAAACUCGCAUCAUCUGUUUUAAUGCUUUUAUUUACAAGAUUUGUGUCUUUGAAUUAUGUCUUUUAUUUAUCGUCCCAUUUAUUCAUAAGUUGUAUCCGAGUAUUUGUACUUGACAAAAACAGUAAAUGUUUCAAUGCAUCCGACUGUAGCCACGUGUUAGCAAAGGUGAAGCAGUAGUGGACUGAAAGUAUGAAUGGCUUUUAUUUUUUCAGGUCUACAUCUGAUGCUCUGCUUUCUUAGCCAACACAUUUAGAUCAAAUAUUUACACUCCAGUCUGUUUGAAGUCCUCACAUCAACAACUUUGUACAAUCUGUGUUACCUAUAUGUUGAGACACUGCUCGACAGUCAAAAUAUUCUAUGCAAUGAAUUCAUUUUUUUAAAAUUUCCUCACAGUCGGAGCACGGCCCAUUGUAAUGAUGUUGAUUUUUAUACGAUCUAUCUUUUUAACUCUUUGACUAAGUGUGUUUUAAAAUUGUUACUGGACCCAUGGGCCCCAAACUGACUGUUGCCUAGACUUCACAGUGCCUGCAGCAGCAAUGGCCUUUGACAGCAAUGCCAUUUAUGACUUUGUUGUGUUAAUAUUUGGGAUUCUUAAUUUCCUGAGGAGUCGAGGGGGUUGUUUUCCACCAGUUUGCCUUACAAGAUACUGUAUCGCAUCUUUACUAAGUCCCUGUGAUGUCAGCCAAAGACACGUUAGACACCGUUGUUAAUUGGGAGUUUAGACAUUGCGAAUGGCCUGAGAAUAAUGUGUUUUGUUAUGCUGCCCUCUUGUGGCAGAUGAAGACACCUGCUUAAAGAAUGUCAUUUCAAUUAGAGGCAAAUUAUUUCCCCUCAACUCACACUCUCAAUACGGAGAAAAGGCUCUUUGUAUUGUUUCAAUAACGACAGUCACGAGCAAAAGCUGUUCUGGCUCGAGAGCUGCAUUCACUUCACGGUCAACACGAAGGCCAUCUGGGUAUUUUUUUUCCCCCACUACCAAUAAACUUUUGAUAUAUAAUGCUUUAAAAUUAAGUAGAUUUGGUGUUGGGUCUCUGUCCUAGUUAUUUGAAGUUAUUUUAACUUUUUUUGUUUGAGCAAUACUUUUUAUGGCUCUUGAUUGUGUUUGACAUCUGAAUUGAUCUCAUGCUCGUGUGCAUCGAGGCUGUUGUUUUACUGCUCCUACCACUGGGUGUGUCUUUAGCUGGUAGUGUUUAGGAAAAUGAGUUAAACUGAUCAUAAAUGCCUUGUUUCAAACCUUGUAUUG